AUGAAUUGCCCUGGUCGUCCCGCCGUGCGGCCGCUCGAAGACUGUGAGCAGAAGAAGGUGACAACCUUCUCAUCGUGCUGGGGUGCACGGCCUGUGUCACAACCGAGCUGGGGUUGGCCACGCCCUCGGCAAGUUCCAGCGCUUCUGGCGCUUCUUUUUGCUUCCUCCGCGCCGCGGCUGCGGUGCCGCCGUCGCGCAGGGGACAGCUUCGAAUUCAACACGCGGCUUUGGAAUCAGUUUCUGCGGAUUGCGCAGCCCUACUUCUUGCCCUUUCCCGACGACGAGCAGGAAGCCUCCGAUGCCCAGCCCGGAUUCGUUGCGUUGAUCCUGGCCACUCUCGUCGGCGUCGUGGGAGGAACCUUCUGGCUGGCUCUGGGUGCCGGCUCGGCCGCCUCGGCGCUCCUCGGGAGCCUCCCGGAAGGCUUGGGCGGCACCCUGACCUCCAUGCAGGCUCCCGGGCUGGAGCUUGUGGCGCUUCUCGGCGUCCUAGGUGCCUCUGCAACUUUUGCCGCCGCGCGUCAGCGUCUGCAGGGCCGCUGGCGACAGUGGUGGCUUCUGGCGUUGCUGCUUUUCUUGCUCUUCUGCGUCACGGGCCUCAAUGUACUGCUGAGCUAUGUCUUCCGGGCGAUCGACAACGUUCUUGUUGAGAAGAACGCGACGGAGUUCUACGCACAACUGGGCGUGUUUGGUGCUGCCCUGGCCGUUGCGGUGCCAGUGAUUAGCGGCUACCGCUACGUCCGGCUCACGCUCGGCCGGAGCUGGCGCCAGAAGUUGACGGAGCUCUUCCUCGAGAAGUACCUGGAAAACCGCUCCUUCUACCUCCUCGACUCGAACUCGCAAAGCACCGACGUGGACAACCCGGACCAGAGGAUUUCGGAGGAUGUCGAUUACUUCACCAAGGUCACGCUGGACUUCUUGCUGGACAUCCUUGACAGCGUGCUGAACCUCGUGUCCUUUUCUGCAAUCCUGUGGACCACCUCGCAGACCCUGACUGGAGCUCUGGCUGUGUACGCUUUGGUCGGCACCUCGUUGGCCGUGUACCUGGGAGGUCGCCUUGUCGGCCUCAACUACGAGCAGCUUCGCUUGCAAGCGGACUUCCGCUACAGCUUGGUGCACGUGCGCGACAAUGCAGAAGCGAUUGCUUUCUAUGGUGGCGAGAAGCGUGAAGAGGGUGAGGUCAAGGCGAAGCUGGGAGCAACCCUGUCGAAUUACGACCAGCUGAUCAUCUGGGAGACGGGGCUUUCCGCCUACCAGCAGGCGUUCUUCUACCUAGCGCGCCUGGUGCCCUAUUUCGUGCUCGGAGGUCUGUACUUCUCCGGCCAGGUGGACUUCGGCACAUUGGGCCAAGCACAGUUCGCUUUCAGCAUGGUUCUCAGCUCCGUCACCAUCAUCGUGUCGCGGAUCCAGGACAUCUCCCGCUUCUCGGCCGGGAUCUCCCGCUUGGGAGCUUUCUUGGAGGCGCUGACGAAGCCCCCGGAUGCAAAGGCGGCUCGGAUCUCGACUCUGGAGGGUUCCGGCUUGCAAUUGCAGAAGAUGACGCUCUUCACCCCGGAUGGCUCGCGGCUUCUGCUGAAGGAUCUAGACAUGGCCCUUUCCGAAGGGCGACAGCGUCGGCUGUUGGUGGUCGGUAGCAGCGGCGUCGGCAAGAGCUCGGUACUGCGGGCAGUGGCCGGGCUCUGGAAUAGAGGCGAAGGCACCAUUGUGAGACCACCCUCCGCUCAGAUGCUCUUUUUGCCGCAGAGGCCUUACAUGCCUUUGGGAGAUCUGCGCACUCAGCUCCUUUACCCAUCAGAGGGCACGCUUGGCGAUCACGCUGAUGCGGAGCUCGAUUCGAACCUUGCCACUUUGGUUCAAGAAGUGCCGGCCUGUAUGCUGGCCAUGGAACUCAAGGUCUGCGAAGAGGUCCUCGCUGGCCCUUGUGCGGACGAGGUCGCAAGCAAGCCUGAGGCCCGGAAUGAGGAGUCAGAGCCCUCCAAGUCCAUCGCCACGUUUCUAGCUCUGAUGACUCCGGUAAGCGACGAAAGCAUCCGGUCUGCGGCGGCCUACCUGCCGCUUAGGAACUUCGGAGAGCCUCUGCGGAAGUCAGACGAUGGGUGGUACCAUCUCAGCGAACCUGCGGCGCAGAUUGAUACGUUCUGGAGCCAUAGUUGGCAUGGCAAUGAUUUGUGCAAGAUCUUCACGCUCUUAGUGAUCUACAAUUCGAGACAGGCCAUGGUCAUAGCUUCUUUCGGUGCCCUUCUCGCUAGCUUCCUCUACGCGGGACAGCUUCUGCCGGGCUGGGAUGUGGAUGCUCACGAUGCGCUCUCCAACUCGGUCUGGGCCCUGGUAGUUGGGACCGUCUUCUACCUUGUGCUCUUGUUCGCAGGCCGACCCCGGGAGCGCGUCUUCUUGGACAUCGUGUGCAUCGACCAGAAAGACAGGUCCAGGAAGAGAGAGGGGACGAGGAGCAUCUCGGCCUUUAUCAAGCGCUCGAAGUCCAUGAUCGUGCUGUGGGACACCACAUUCUCGAGGCGCAUGUGGUGCAUCUUCGAGCUUUCGGCAUACCUUCACAGCCGUUCUCCUGAUGAGGGGCCGCACCUCACUAUUCGGCCAACCAUCUUCGGGCCUACCUUCUUCUGCUUGACUGUUGGCAUGGUGCUAGUACAUGGCAUCAUCAUGCUCUUUGAAGGUGCUGGUCUGAUAUUUGUGGAAGGUGUCGUGGUCUGUGUAGGCUUCUACACCUUCGUUCUGACCUGCCGCCACUACUUCCGGUCGCUUGAGCAGCUCCAGCACGAUCUUCAUGACUUCACGGUGGACGAGGCGACCUGCCAGUGCUGCAGUGCCCCGCAUCCGGAAGGUUCAAACUGUGACAAGGAGAUGCUCCUGAAUUGCAUCAGGCUGUGGUUUGGCAGCGUCGAGGUUUUCGAAGAACGGGUGCGCAAGGACGUCCUGUGCUGCCUGAUGGAACAGCUCUCUGGAGAUUUUUUCUCAUACAGGCAAUGCAUUGUGGCCUUGAUUCCCGCAAUGUGGUCUGGACUGGACUAUGCGUCCGGUGCAUGGCUGAUGUGCACACAGCUGAUCGAGAGAACAGGUUUGGAUGGGGACGGCUGCCCAAACCAACUGCGAGGUCCGCCGGGCGCGUUUUUGGUGAACUGGCUGCUCAGGGCCGCUGUGUGGUGGCUCGGUGUCGUACCUUCGAUCCUACUCCUUGGGAUGAAGGCUAUGUACUACCUUCGACAGAGAUCUCGAUCGAGAUGCCUGGAUGAGGUGGUCAACAUGGCCAUACUUGUAUGGAUGGCAGCACUAGUCUUGGGAAUGAUCGAGUUGGAGAGCUUGUGUUGGCGUCUUUCAGGCACUUUUCCGGUGGAGCCGAUUAAUCUGAGACGUUGGUGGUGUGGGAUGGUCGUGUUUGCAUCAAUUAUGCUGCCGUCCGCCUGGGUCUUGUUUGCCUUCUUCGGCAUGCGUCGCAGUGUGGUCCUAUACAAAGAGCAGAGUUCUGCGGUGCCGACACCGGCAAAGCCGGAGGAAACAGGACAGUGGGAGCAGCGUGCUGAGUCGGAGAUCCUGAAGCCAUCGAGAUGGUCUUUGUGA